AUGACGGACACGACCAUCAAAGGACUUCAGCCUUCUACCGAGACAUUCGAUGGCUCAGAACUGACCGUCUUGAUCGUUCAUGCGAGGUAAGCACCCCUGCUCGACUCCUUCCUUUCCACACCGAUCUUCUCACGGAUAGCAUAGCAUGCCUGCUCACGCCGUUAUGAAUCAUCCGUAGGUGGAACGAUACGAUCAUCUCGUCACUCGUCGACGGCACGGUGCAGAAGCUGCUCUCUCAGGGCGUCAAGAAGGAGAACAUCAGGAUCGAGACCGUUCCCGGAUCGUACGAGUUGCCCAUGGCCUGCGCGAGGUCAGUGACUGCAUGACAGUGUUCAUUGUUCUCCCGGAAAUAUUGAUGGAGCUCACCCCUGCUUCAUCAAAUCAUUCGACGUAUCUAACAUCGCAGCCUCAUCGCCUCGUCCUCUGCCAUCUCGGCCGUGAUCGCCAUCGGCUGCCUCAUCAAGGGCCACACCUCGCACUACGAAUACAUCUCCUCCGCCGUAACACAAGGACUGAUGCGCGUCCAACUCGACUCGGGCGUACCGGUCAUUUACGGCGUAUUGAACUGCCUGACGGACGAGCAGGCUUUGUUGAGGGCUGGUAUCGGAGGUGAGGGCAGGAAUGAGGGGCAUAAUCAUGGUGAGGAUUGGGGGGCGGCAGCGGUCGAAUUGGCAAGCAAGUGUCGAAAGUGGAAGUCGGGGUGA